AAAAGUGCGCAUGUCAAAUAUGGAAGGUACGUCUGACACAAAAAGUAAUAAUAAAAAAUGGAACCUAAAAGGUCAAUACAAACUGGAAUAAUAGCUAAACAGCGGGAUGCGGAAAAAACACAAACUUUAGAAACAGCAUUCCCAAUGAUUCAACAUGCAGUUACAAAACAGUUCAAGAAGAAGAAACGGUUAUGGAACCAAGCGACGCGAAGGCAACCAUAAAUCCCAAAUCAGCCGUCGAUUACUUAACAAGCGCAAUGCAAACGUACCAUGUGAAGAAAACAACUCAAUAUUUAACACCAAAUGAACAAUCGUUCCCAGCACCGGAUAUUACACUCACGACAGGGGCGUCAUCAUUUAUUGGCCUGUACGAGUAAAGGAACGCAUACAACACUAUGAAGUUUUAUCCUGUAUACAAGAAAUACAAUCAGUUGAGCCUUCCAAAGUAGACACAAGGGCGGAAAUUUAUGAAUUUAAAAAGGCCCUGCCAAUUAGCGUUAACACAAUGGAAGAGACAACGUCAUCCGCCGAAAAUGAACGAUCGGCUGAAAUACCACACACAUCAUUUGUUCAAGAAGUAGACUUGACACCUGUUUUAGCCCAACAAAGAAAUGUAAAGCCUUCCCCGCAGGUCUUGAUACACGAUCAACCGAUGGGAUAUGAUGUACCAAGCGUUCAAAGUCAGAAUCCAACCAUAGAUACAAUGCAACGUCAGACUGAUAUUUUAAUAGAUGCCGUACCAUCUGAGCCACAAACCCAAAUAAUUGAUGUUAAAGGUCAGGCUGAGUUUGUGCAACAAAGUUUUAUGAAAUACGUCCGACAGAGCGAAACUAACACCGAUGACGUAGCCAUUUGCACAGAAAAUAUUUCGUCGGUGAAUGAAAAUAAAUCUGUUUAUCAAGCAAAUGUUCAAUGUGGAGACCAAAAUUCUAUGAUUGCAUUCGUUCCCAAAGAAAAAAAGUGUGAUGUUUAUGCUAAACAGAUAGGGAAUGACAAUAAAACAAUAAACGUAACGAUACAUUCAAGCACAGUAAUGUUUUGUGGAGAACAUAUUAAAUGCAUUCCAAUCGACGCAAACGGAGAAGUAUGAAUUCGCAUUAAAAGAAUGAGUUCAGUUUACGAGAGAAAGACGAUGCAAAACGUCAAUGAAGUAAAUGAUACUGACAACUCAAUGCUUAUUGAAAAUAUUGUCCAGGAGGACUUGCUCUCAGUUCGACUGCAGAGGAGUAAUGAUAAGGAAUUUUCUCUUGAAAAUAUAUUACGUCACAGAACUAUUGAACAGUUUAUGUCAAAGCCACAAUGUACCUACCAGGUGACAGUUCAUGACUUUGACUACGGGAAACAACAGAGGCGAGUCAGUGACGAUAAAAGAAAAAAAGAGGAAAAAAUAUUCAACGACGGGCCUCUGUAUCGCAGCCUGUAUAGCACUAUUCCGGACGAGCAUGUUCUUGCUUCUCCAGAUCCACCAAAGUUGCCACCUCGCCCACCACCCCCAACCGAUAUGCCUUCUAAGUUGAGGAAAAAGAGAUUAGUUAAUUCAAAGUCUGAAUCGGACAUUCCGACAGAACGGAUUCGUUCAGCGCCAAUUCAUACUCCGCCGCGCCCAAAACUUUGGCCUAGAUGUCACCAUGGCAAAAUGAAAUUCGCCGAAAUUGAAGAAAGAUUACAAUUCGAAAAGAAAGGAAGUUUCCUGGUUUACACAUCUGACACAUUCGAUAAAGCUUUGGCCUUCGUCGAUUUGAAUCAAGCGGUGAAGACUCUGGAUAUUGUUCGUGACAGCAAAGGAUAUUACCUUAAACAUAAGGUAUGUGAAAACUUGUCAGCAUUGAUUGACAAUGCUGUUGGAACCUGUAUCCUAAAGGACAUACCGGUAGCUGCGACAAGUACCAGGCUUUGACAGAAGAAGCGGAUUGCUUUCACAUUUUGUGUAGAAUACCACAGAUGAUGCACGUUGUUAAAAUGUAGUAGCUGUAUGCAAUAGUUUCUGAUCUCAUUAUAUGAUGGGUACGUGUAUUCCAGUGUACAUUGACAAAGUAAAAUCAUAAAAAUACUCCUUCUAAGCAUACGUUUUGCGCAACUAACUUUCGGCCAAGAAAAAGCGAGUGUAUGUUUUCAUCAAACUACAUGUAACUACGUUGAUGUCGUCCAUGAAGAUACGGAACAGUCGACAGCAAUCGUCAUUGAAUAGAGAUACAGUGAAUAUCAGAUGCAGCAGUAUGAGAGAAAACCCUCAUUUUACAAUUAAGUCCAUUAUUUACGGCAAUGAACAUAUGCCAAAUAGUGAGGUUCAUAAUAAUUGCACUGGAAACGAUACAUUUGUACAUAACAAACGCAAAACAUGACAUUUUGUUUAAAAGGCUUUGACAUGCGAUGAAAUGUCAUAUAUAUAUGUAGUAGACAUUAUAUAUAUUUCACAAAGCAAAUAAGCUUAGAAUAAUGUAAAACUUGUUGCAAUCAUUAAAAAAAAAAGUUUUUACAUUAUGUGGUCGCUAAGUAUUAACCUCAUCCAUGUGACUUUAUCA